UGUGAAAUGCACAAUGUGUCGUCUAGCUGGGGACGUAUGGUGCCAGGUGGUCUCAUGCAAAGUCGGGAGUUACUCCUGAAAAGCCCGAGUUUUGUAUCAGAAAGAGAUCUGCAGUCCGACCCGGAAUCCGCCCCACAGAUCCGAUCUGUUGCGCGGUUUGGUCAUUUCUCCCUACGGGGCACACUCGCAGGGCCAUCGGAAGAAGGCGGGUCGGUGGGUUAGGUGGUGAACUCUUGGUCUCUGGCAUGAGAGAGAGAGAGAGAGAGAGUCUGGCUCCCCUGGAUUAAACAGCAGUCACGGUAUGCGCUCAGGGAUGUGUCAGACUUCAGAGCACCGCCCUCAAACACUGGACGCAGCUGCACGGAGAAACCGCUGCCUGUCAGGCUGACCGAGGCUCGACACAUUGCACACAACAGCUCGGGACCUCGUUUGACGGGAGACGCCGGAAGGCAGGAGACUUUGGAUCGGGUCGAGAUAUGAGAUUGGGCAUGAUGAUGCGGGCCAAGCUGAGGGUGUAGCCACAUCUGGCAGAGAGCGCUGAAGUAAGCAGGAGCCUCAGCACACCAAACCAUCUACUGCAGCAGGGAAGAUGGGAGAGACAGAGGAGGAGAGGGAUAAUGUGGGGAAGCUGUUUGAGAACUUCGUCCAGGCCUCUACCUGUAAAGGAACCCUUCAAGCCUUCAACGUCCUCUGCAGACAGCUUGACCUCAAUCCUACAGACAACAGCAACUUCUACAGCAGUCUGAAGGCAAAGGUCACCUCCUGGAAGGCCAAAGCACUAUGGAGUAAGCUAGACAAGAGGAUAUGCCAUAAGGAGUACAAGAAAGGCCAAGCCUGCGUGGGCAGCAAUUGCCUCAUCAUCGGAGGAGGUCCCUGUGGCCUGCGGACAGCCAUUGAGCUCGCUUUAUUGGGUGCCAAAGUUGUGGUGAUUGAGAAGAGAGACUCCUUCUCCAGGAACAAUGUGCUGCACCUUUGGCCUUACACCAUCCAUGACCUGCGGGGCCUUGGGGCCAAAAAGUUCUACGGCAAAUUCUGUGCCGGGGCCAUAGACCACAUCAGCAUUCAGCAGCUGCAGCUGAUCCUACUGAAAGUUGCACUCAUCGUUGCAGUGGAGUUUCACAUCAAUGUGGAGUUUGUCAAGCUGCUGGAACCUCCAGAGGAUCAGGAAAAUGAAGGGCUUGGGUGGAGAGCUGCAAUCCGACCCGCUGAUCACCCUGUGGCUAACUUUGAGUUCGAUGUUGUGGUGGGGGCUGAUGGACGCAGGAAUACUCUGGAAGGUUUCAGAAGGAAGGAGUUCAGGGGUAAACUGGCAAUCGCCAUCACAGCCAACUUCAUCAACAGGAACACCACUGCAGAGGCCAAAGUAGAGGAGAUCAGCGGAGUGGCCUUCAUCUUCAACCAGAAGUUCUUUCUUGACCUCAGAGAGGAGACAGGUAUCGAUCUGGAGAACAUUGUGUACUACAAGGACAACACGCAUUACUUUGUCAUGACUGCCAAGAAACAGAGCCUGCUGGACAAGGGAGUUGUCAUUAACGAUUACGUAGAUAUCCAGAUGCUGCUGAGCAGUGAAAAUGUCAACCAGGAAGCUCUUCUGUGCUACGCCCGAGAGGCUGCUGACUUUGGCACCAACUAUCAGCUUCCCACACUGGAUUUUGCCAUGAACCACUGUGGGCAGCCAGAUGUAGCAAUGUUUGACUUCACGAGCAUGUACGCCUCAGAGAACGCUGCUCUGGUCAGGGAGAGAUUCGGACACCAGCUGCUGGUGGCACUGGUUGGCGACAGUCUGCUAGAGCCCUUCUGGCCAAUGGGGACGGGUUGCGCCAGAGGCUUCCUGGCUGCCUUUGACACAGCCUGGAUGGUAAAGAGCUGGGCUGAGGGUCGGACAGUUCUGGAGGUGCUGGCAGAGAGGGAGAGUAUUUACAGGCUACUUCCACAAACAACACCAGAAAACAUUGCCAAAAACUUUGAACAAUACACCAUAGACCCUGGAACUCGAUAUCCCAACCUCAACUCCUCCUGUGUCAGGCUGCACCAGGUGCGUCACUUGUACAUCAGUGGAGAGCUGAAUUCCUGCUCUCUGGAGCGUGCUGCCACCAUACGACGGCCUGUCAAUCUCUGCAGACGAGAGUCAGAGAUCAGACCGGCGAGGCUUCUUACCUGGUGCCAGAAACAGACGGAGGGCUACAGGAAUGUGACAAUCACAGAUCUGACGUCUUCUUGGCAAAGUGGCAUCGCCCUCUGUGCCCUCAUCCACAAGUUUAAACCUCAGCUGAUAGAUUUUGAUUCAUUAAAUGAAGAAGACCAUGCUGCAAACCUCCAGCUGGCUUUUGACAUCAGUGAGCAGGAAUUUGGCAUCCGAUCAUUCACAUCUGUGAAGGAGCUGAGUGCUGGUGAUGAGCUGGAUAAGACCAGAAUGACCACCUACCUGUCUAAGUUCUAUGAGCUCUUCCGUGGAACACCUCUACCUGCAUCAGGGUCCAGAGGAGUGGAUGAAAACAAUGAAGAUUAUCCAUCUAAGGAAGUCAGAAGUAAUAAUAAUGUGCUCAAUCUUUCAGUGCCCAGGAAACGGGUACCAAAGGAUGAAAAGAGGUCAGACGGUACAGACCCCAUUUACAAAAGGAGACGAAAGUUCUGUUAUUUGGAGGAGGCCACCAAUUUGUCCAGUAAUGGCUCCUCAGUGCUAGAGGGGCGGGAUCCUAAAGAAAAUAAAGUGCGCUCAAUGGCUACUCAGUUACUAGCCAAAUUUGAAAGCACACCCAGCUACACUGUCCGCAAAACACAGUCAGACUGUGAGAGGUCCACCCCACUGCAAACUCUUGACCUGACUGAGAGUCUGCACAAAAAACUCAGGCCUCCGGUCCCACCUAAACCUCCUCCUGAGAUACAGUUUGAAGUCAGUAUCAGAAAAGCAGCAGAGAAGUUAGUACGCCUGCCACCAAAGACUCUGCCCAAACCCCAGUGCCAGCCUCAAUCCCAGCAUCCAUUUUCCAAAGUGAAGCUCAGACAUGUUGAUCAAACACAAACUGAGAUGAAGCUCCAGCCUCAGCCUGAGAGUGCAGACCCCCCUGCGUCUUCUCCCUCCUGCCACUCAGCAAUCCAAUUCAUGUCAAGAAUCCUCCAGCGCCUCAGGGAGGUGGAUGAACACAUCUCUGAGAAAAAAGCUCAGGCACAACAGACUAAAGAGUUUCACACAAAGAGUAUAAAGGAAAAAGCUGUUCAUCUUAGGGCGUUGUUCUCAGGAGACAGCUCUGCUGUACUCAAGGGCGGCUCAGUACAACGGGCGUUCCCCCAGUCAGGUGACAGGUGCCACUCAUGCGAGAGGCGUGUUUAUUUGGUGGAGAGGGUCUGCGCCGAGGGGCUCUACUUCCACAGGGAGUGUUUUCGCUGUUCAACCUGCAGCUCGGCUCUGCGACAGGGGGCGCACACGUUCGACUCUGAACAGGGGAAAUUGUACUGCAAACUUCAUUUUGAGCGGCGUAACAGUGGGACAAACCUACGGAGGAAUUUCUCUCUGCGCUCAAACCGUUGUGGAGUCGGAGUUCAGGAGCAAUGUGUUGCUGAUGGAGAAACUCCCCAGUCCAGCAGUGCAGCAGAGCUGCAGAGCCAACCUGCAGCAGGUACCUUCAGCUCGUUCAUACGGAAACAGCUGAGCUGGCCCCUGAGCAUGACUCGCACUGUGUGUAACGCCCCCUGGUAUCUGUCCUGCCGCGUGCGUAGUACAGCGCAGGCCCUCGUCGGCCACCUGAGGGACAACGCCCGGGACUACGCAUACCUGUAUGAGCUACUGAGCAUGAGCUUGCCCCUGCUGUUUGUUUUACAUGAGGUACUGCUGCAGAUGUACAUAGAGGCUGUGCCUGAUGGGCCGAGCUCCUUGCAGCCUCUACUGCUGUGGCUGCAGGAGCAUAUAGGGCACAGGCUCAUCUAGACACUCAGCAGACGCCAGCUGUUAACAUUUAACCUUGUAUAUCACGCCAAAUGCCAUUUAAUCUGUGGCUGAGGGGCACAUUAUCUGGAGUGUUCUUGUCAUAUUAUCAUUUGUAGCUGGGCACAAGCACCUUUAUAAUGUUUACUUGCCUUUUAUGAUGAUGAUACUGUAGUUACAGGGUUUUGGAUGUACUUGUGCAUCAGCCAAAGAAGAGACACUGCAGGGUGCUCCUGCAACUUUUUCCAGUUUACUACAGGGGGUUUGGGACAGUUUGUCAGAUAAAGAAAGCUGUGGCAGAUAAUUUUGCAGUGGUUAGAUGUGGAAACUGUACAGUACUUGUAGGGUUCAAAUAAGUUAAACAAAUAAAAUAAUAGUAGUUAAAAUGCAAAUAAAAUAAAACGGGCCCCAGUCAGUGCCUUAGAGACUGCUGAAAUGUCCAAUCAUCAUUGCUGUAGAAUUUAACCUUUUACAAACUCUCUUGGAAAAUGGAUCCUGUAGUUAAAAUUUCUUAACUCAGGUUAUGACUGACUAACGUGAUGCACUUUAUCUUUGGGAACUACCUUGUGCACGUAGCAGGAAACUGUCACAUUAGAUAAAAGCCUGGUCUCAUGUUAACGCUGACAACGAGGCAGGUUUGUUUUAAAUAUAUAUGCAGGUAUGUGUGUUUCACACACAUGUUAACAAUUUGCUAAUUAUCUUUUUAUACUCUGACCACUCCGUUUACUUUAAUGAACUGUUUUUAUUGAUUUUUUUUUCUUUUUUCAUUUUUUCUUCUUUCUUCCAUCCAAUGGAUGACACCAAAAAAAAAAUCUCACAGACAUGUUUGAUUCUGUGGAGUAUUUAGUUCUACUUUGCUGCCAUCUACUGUUGACUCUCAGAAAACCCAUGAAGGCAAAAUGAAAUACCCCCCCUCCUCUCCCUGUAUAACAUUACAAACAAUUAAACUUUAAAACAACUGAUUUAUGAAAUGUUUUCAGAUUUACUGUAGACAAUAGAAGCUGGUGAGCAUGCUGUGAUGUUCUUGAUUGUGCUUGCCACUCUUGCCAUGAUUUUAAAGCAUGUUGUUGGAAGAUCAACUGCAAACCUCUUUGACUGGAAGCCACACAGUUGCUUCCUAUUCAUAUACACUAUCUAACGAUGCUUAUGAAGCACUUUAGAGUUAUUUAGAGUGUUUUCUUUAACUUCAGAAAUAUUUGAAAAUGAUAUUUGCAGAGACUUCAGGCAUUAUUUAAAGUGUUUAUGGCAUCAUACUGUAUGUUGGACAUGCAAUGUGAUGUUCGUGUUUUGUUAUCAGCUACCUAAUGUUUCAUGAUGAAUUACUGAAUCUGCUGCAUGUAAUAUGAGCUAAAUGUUUUGUUUACAGUGCAGUACAGGUGGAAAGCUUCAGAGUUUUAAAAUACCAAAGAACUGUUUUCAUACACACUGACUGGACAGACUUAUACAUCUGUUAAACAAGACGAAAGUCUUGCAAGCUGUAACAUGUACAGUGUUGCCAACGUACAAUUAUCUCCUUCAUUAUGAAUGUCAGUAUUUUGCUUUGUUGCCAUAAACAUUUUCUACUUUUGUGCA